GUUGUGAGUGCGAUUGGAAAGCGCCAGAGUGGAAGCGGCGUUGCGAUCCCCGCUUUCGCCACCGCCCGGCAUCUCUGAGGCAGUGCUGGACGAGCCAGGAGUCGCAAUGCCUGUCGCUUCAGGCGCAUCGCCUCCGUCGCCAAUGGCAAGUGGUGCGGAACCGAAGACCGGUGGUCGGAGGGUGUCCAAGCCGCUGAUGGAGAAACGACGUCGUGCGCGCAUCAACCGCUGUCUGAACCAGCUCAAGGCCUUUCUCGUGGACCCGUCGAAACCAGAGAGCCCGCGUCAGUCGAAGCUGGAGAAAGCCGACAUCCUCGAGAUGACCGUGUGCCACCUUCAAGCCCUGCACCGGCAGCGAAGAACUGCUCGCCUUCUGGACGACCCCGAGGUUCGGCACAAGUUCCGUGCGGGCUUCGAGGAGUGCAUCCUCGAGAUCCGCCGCUUCCUGUGCUCGCUGGCCGAGCAGCAGCACCAGGCGACACCGUGCUUCGACCCCGUGGCAUCCCGCGAACGCAUUCUGGGACAUCUGCAACGACGGGCCAGGGAGAUCCAGGACCCCGACGGUGCACUCACGCAGUGCACCUCGGCAGCGGCUGGUCCCGACGCCGCCGCCAUCGAUCCACCUCUCCGACCUUCGAGGCGACUCGCUCCCAGUGAAGCCGCCACACCAGAGUCCAACCACAGCUCCUUGGAUGCGACGGCCUCGAGCGACGAGCUGGCCUCAGAGACGUCGUCCUCGAGGUCUCCCUCGCCGUCCGACGUCGUCGUGUCCCACGCGGACGUACGGCUGAGGCCCAAGAGGCUGCGCAACGGUGACCUGGUGCUCGUGCUGCCGCGAGACCUGGUCGCCAACGCCAGGAUCGUCACUGCAGCGGCCACGUCCGCAGAAUGCGACGUCAAGCAGCCCGCGUCGCAGUCGCGGCCCACUACGUCUGACGCCGGGGAAGUUCUCGCAGCAUCCACGUCGCCUGACGUCGUGGUCUCGUCGUCCACGUCGUCCGCGACUGUGGUGGCGGCCGAGGAAGCGAUCUCACCUCCUGCACCUUUACCACCCACCUCCUCACCCACUUCUUCGACGUCAUCGUGUUCUCCUUCUUUGGCGUUGCCCGUCGCUGCUGCGGUUGAAGUGACGUCACUCGAUGACGUCUGGAGGCCCUGGUGA